UGCAUUGUGGCCUAUAUAUCAUCAUUAGCCCUUUGGCCUUUGGACUUUUGGAGUUUCCUCUCUUUACCUCCCCUCUUGCCUAAACCCGCCGCAUGUAUUCGCCUCACUCUCUCUUCUCUCGGCACCCCAAUACCCCCAAACCCAACCCAUCCUCCCUUAUUCUCCCCCUCUUCAACCAAAUCCAAACCCAAACCCCCUCCCCAGAAUGCCAUUACAACCGAGCCACAGCCUUGGCAACCCAACUCGAGUCCUGCGCCGGCCCAUCCGAGCUCGCCCCAAUCCACGCCUACGUCCUCCGCCGCCACCUCCUCCUCGCCCCCUUCCAUUGGAACGCCCUCAUGCGCUCCUACCUCCGCCACGCCCGCCCCCUCCGCGCCCUCCUCCUCUUCGCCCAAAUGUCCUCCUCCGGCGCCACCCCCGACUCUUACUCCCUCCCCAUCGCCCUCAAAGCCGCCUCCCAGACGUUUUCUCUUUCCUCCGGCCGCCAGCUCCACACCGCCACCGUCAAGCUCGGCCUCGAGUUCAAUGAGUUCUGCGAGAGCGGCCUCAUCAGCAUCUACGCCAAAACCGGCGAGUUCGAGUCUGCCCUCAAGAUGUUCGACCAAAAUCCCCAACGAAAGCUCGGCUCCUGGAACGCCAUCAUAGGCGGCCUCGCCCAAGGCGGCCGCUUGGCCGAGGCUAUUGACAUGUUCAUCAAGCUAAGGCGAGCCAGUUUGGUCCCGGACGACGUGACCAUGGUCAGCGUCGCCUCGGCUUGCGGCGGGUUGGGCGACCUCAACCUAGCCCAACAGGUCCACAAAUGUGUCCUCCAAGCCCAAAAUUUAGGCAGACUCGACGUUAUGGUGUGCAAUUCCUUGGUGGACAUGUAUUCCAAGUGUGGACGGACGGAUUUGGCUUAUCAGGUUUUCCGCAGGGUGACGCCGAAGAACGUAGCAACGUGGACGGCUAUGAUCAUGGGUCUGGCGACGCACGGGAAGGUGGGUCCCGCGCUGGAGUUUUUCAAGGCGAUGAGGGAGGAGGGGGUGAAGCCGAAUCACGUGACGAUGGUUGGCGUGCUGUGCGCGUGCGCGCAUGGAGGGAGAAUAGAGGAGGGAAUGAGGUAUUUGAAUGGUAUGGCAAGGGAGUGGGGGGUGGAGCCAACAGUGGCGCAUUAUGGUUGUGUGGCGGAUAUGCUGGGGAAGGUAGGGAGGCUGGCGGAGGCGCGGACGGUGGUGGAGAAUAUGCCGGUGGCAGCGAACGCGGUGGUGUGGGGGACGCUGCUGGGGGCAAGCGAGAAGCACGGUGAUGCCGAGGUGGGGGAGUGGGCGGCGGGGAAGCUGCUGGAGCUCGAGCCGUGGAAUGAUGGGGUGUACGUAGUGCUGUCGAAUAUUUAUGCGGGGAAGGGGAUGUGGGGGGAGGUGGAGAGGUUGAGGAGGUUGAUGAGGAAGAGGAGGGUGGCAAAGACGCCAGGGUAUAGCUUGGCAGCCAUGUCAGCUUGAAUUGGAGCGGCAUUUGCUGGUUUGAGUCAAAGAGGACUG